AUGCUUUCUCCACCUUCUCUUGUAUUUUCAGGAUUCUGUGCUGGACGCUCUCGCUUUGUCCUCGUCGCGCUCUGCGUCAUCUCCCUGACAUCCCUGACCAUCAUCAUCGCUCUCUCCAUACAGUUAUCUCUGGUGACUCAGCAGUAUGAUGAAACCUCCAUGAAAUUAGAGAUAUUAGAGAAGGAACAUGAUCAUAAGAAGUCCAGCCUCACCAGCGACAUCCUCAGAAAAGAUUUGGUGGCUCAGGAGCUUCAGGAAAGCCUCAAAAGUACAAAGUUGGAACUGGAAAGGACCAAGAAUGAUCUUUCGAAGAGUCGGGAGGAAGGGAAGAGCAUCAACUUUAAACUAGAGAGGACCCUCCUGGAGAAGGCGGAGGUGGACACCACUGUGAGCAUGCUUAGAGGAAGUCUCCAGAAUACAGAAGGCAGGCUACAAGGAAAGACCAGUGAUCUGAUCAGGUGUGAAAAUAAUCUCAGGUCAGCCAACUGGCAGAAGACACAAGACAGCCAGACCAUAUCUGAUCUGAAAAACUCUCUUUCUACCACUGAACGGAAAUGGAGGGUAGCGGACAACAAUCUCUCCCAGAGACAAAGAGAACUGUCCAAUGUGAAGAAGACUGUGAGCGACCUUCAGGAGGAACAAAGACAUUCCCAGCUCCAGCAGAAGAAGCUCAAUGACCUGGAGGAGAGGCUGAGUGUAGCCGAGGAUUGUCUCUCCAAAAGCUGUGACAAUGGGGAGAACUAUGAAGGAGACUCGGGCACAGACGCUUAUUGCCCCGAUGGUUGGAAGCAGAUAAACGAGACGUGUUACUAUUUCUCCAGUGACAAGAAAAUACGACACAAGGCGGACGCGGACUGCAAGACAAAGAACGCCACGCUGGCCAAAAUACAGGAGAGUGACGCCACGCUGAAGGCAACGAUUCAGAAAGAGAAAAAAAGCUUCUGGAUUGGUUUGACAAAUGAUGAGAAGACGUGGAAGUGGCCGGAUGGGACGGUGCAGGAAAAUUUCCGAACCAAUGGAGGGCUUUGUGCCAAGGCCUCGCCCACCCUGGAUAACCUUUCCUGUAGUGCCAACCUGCCCUGGAUCUGUCAGAAGAAGGCCAUGAAAUGCAGAUUGGGGGCCGAGGAUCUGCGCUGCUUUUUGGAGAAGAUCGGAGUCUUUGGAGAGAAGAUAAUUGAAUAAGAUGGAGCCAACGGGCUUCUUCCGUCAGGACUUGUAAACCGCAAAGGCCAAGAGCAGCCAAUCAUAACAAGUGACUGUGGGUUCGAUCGGGAAAAAAAA